UUCAGAGCAGUGCGCGCGCACGAGCCGGGUGGGGGGUGCGUGGUACCAGCACGGCGUUCCCCGCUGCUGCAGCCGACUGUGCAGGGAGCGCACGAGCCGGGCGGGGCACGUGCGGUAACGGCACGGCGCCUCCCCGCUGCUGCAGCUGACUGUGCAGCGAGCACACGCGAUCCGGGCGGGGCGUGUGAUGGAAGUGUCUAGGGUGGCGCGCUGUGCGGUGCUCGCACUGACAGUGCUCGCGCUGACCGGCCGCGGCGUCGCCGUCGGCGGCGGCCCGCAUGCGUACGGCGAACUCUUCCAGCUGGGCAAGGAUGCCUAUCUGGAGGAGGACUACCAGUCGUGCGUGAACCUGUUGCUGGAGGCGCUGCAGAGCCAGCGAGCGUACGAGCAGCUGCUGCUGGACUGCCGCGACCGGUGCCGGGAGGAGGCCGGCCGGGAGACGCUCAUGUUAGACGACCAGCAGCCGGACGAGCUGCGCGUAUUCGAGCGGCUCAUCCGCCAGACCCGCUGCCUGGUGCAGUGUCAGCGGCAGCGGCUCGGCAACCACCUGCAGGAGUUCUACGACUCGGCCUGGGCCGACGAGGAGUUCCGCACCCGCAAGCCUUACGAGUACCUGCAGCUUUGCUACUACAAGACCGGCGAGGUACAGAAAGCGGCCGAUGCGGUGUUCACUGUUCUUCAGCACUCUCCGAAUAGCGAGAUCAUGCGCGAGAACUUUAAGUACUAUACCACCAUGGACGAGGUUGACAACGCCAACAUCGUCAGCAUGGAGAGACAGGAGCACACCGAGCUGUACCUACGAGGCAACGACGCCUACGAGUCGGGCCGCUUCGAGCAGGUGGUGCGCUUCAUGGAGGAUGCGCUCGACAGCUAUCUGGAGGCCGAACAGCGCUGCCGCACGCUUUGCGAGCGCCACUUCCCGCAGGGCUUCAAUCCCGACUUCGUGGCCAACGUGGCCAACCAUUUCGCGUACGUGCUGCGAUGCAAGAUACGAUGCCAGGACCAGCUGUCUAAAGUGAACGGGAAUCAGCUGACAGACUACCUCGAGUCCCACUUCCACUAUCUUCAGUUCGCCUACUUCAAGCAAAAUCGUUUACCCGAGGCGUGUAGCAGCGUGGCCAGCUACCUACUGUUCAGGCCAGAGGACGAAGACAUGCUGGGCAACAAGCGGCUCUACCUAAAGGAGGACGGAGUGGACGAAAGCUCUUUCGUCCCCAGACCGGACAUUGUUGAGUUUGCGAAGCGAAGAGAACGGGAAAAGAAGCUGGAUCGUUACAUCCUGGAUAACUUCCGGUUCAGUGACGAUGCCAGCAAAAAGAAAGGGGAGCUGGGCGAAUCCUGACUAAUGCGGCUGAAUAUACGGAUCUCGUACCAGGUGUAGAG